AAAGGAACGCCUUAGUUUUAAUUCUGGUGGAAGGCGACUUGUCGGCUGUGGACCAUGUCAAGCUAGCCACUGAGAAUGGAAUCCCUGUCGUGUUUAUGAAGGGAACAGGCGGGUUGGCGGGUCUAUUGUCCAUCGCUAUGGAAAUGUUGAAUGAAAAAAAGACUUUGGAACUGAGAACAGUGCUUCCAACUUUAUUCGGAAUUGAACUGGAGAAUUCAGAGAUUGACGAACUUGACAAAAGUUUGAGAACUAUCUUUAAAAAAUCAUAUUUACUUGAUGCCUUUGACGUCUUCGUAAAGAACGAGGAACAGUUCGCGGCUUCUGUUGGGGAGUUGGUUCAGAAAUCCUGGUUCUUAGAAAACACAGGUCAUACUGAGGAUAAACGAGGCAGAGGAAACAAACAAUCUAGAGAAAACACAAACAAAGAAAAAUUUCGGGUCAGCUGUUAUGCAAUGCCAGAGAAAUGGCAAAAGAAGACAAUCACGUGGUAUAUGGCAAAAGAAGAACCGGAAAUCCUCGGUUUUACAGCUUUCUCUUCGCCAUUUUCACUUCCGCUGGAUUUCUUCUUCCGGUUUUCUAAGUUUUUGGAAUUGAAGAGGGAAAACCCUUCCUCAGUUGAGGUGGUAAAUGAGGCACAGAACUUGUUAAAGACCGCUCUGUUAACAAACAGAACUGACUAUGUAGAAGCUCUUUUGGAUUUAAAUCUUCCAUUAUCAUCAGAUGAAGGUAGUGGGCAAGGGGACAGGCAUAUAAGUGAUUUAUACAAGGUUUCAUUGUGUGAUUACACUGAAAGAGGGAAAUUUUCAGGAAUGCGCUGGGUUUUAAAGGCCGGGUGUGAUAUCGCCAUCAUUCCGAACCUCGGGUAUGAACCGGCACGACAAUAUUCGGCCAAAGCCUGUCGGUGGCUCACCUGGAUGAGUCAUCAGAGUGGAUGUCACAUACGACAUGCCAGAAACGGAGGCGAAGUCCCGAUCGGAAAUUAUACCGUCGACGGAUACCAGGAAGCGACUCGUACCGUCUACGAAUUUUACGGGUGUUAUUGGCACGGAUGCCCCACUUGCUAUCCCAGACGGAAACUCAUCCUCACCGGACCCAAUUUACUUACCAACAAUUACACGAGAAAACCCUCAGAAGGACUGUGGAUUUAG